AAAGGCUAAAGCUGAUGUUCGAGUACAAAGAAAAUAUAUGUAACAUCUAAUGCAAACAGUUGUUUAUGAACAUGCUAAGUAAUUUUUUAAACUUUCUGUAGUUUUUAUGAAGAUUUAACUUCAAGGAUCUAUAUAAAUAUUUUUUUUCAAUAUCCCCUCCAUUUAUAAAUAACUAAAAUGGCUCGUAAUGCUGAGAAAGCCAUGACAACUUUAGCUCGUUUUCGAGCUGCUCAGUUAGCUGAACAAGGCAAAGGACAACAAGAGAGAAGACCCUUUUUAGCUUGUGACUGUGAUGAUUUGAAAUCAGCUGAGAAAUGGAGAAGACAAAUUAUUGGGGAAAUCUCUAAAAAAGUAGCUCAAAUUCAGAAUGCUGGACUUGGAGAAUUUCGAAUUCGUGAAAUUAAUGAUGAAAUUAAUAAGCUUUUGAGAGAAAAAGGGCAUUGGGAAGCUCGUAUAAUUGAAUUAGGAGGGAAAGAUUAUUCAAAACUUGGACCUAAAAUGCUUGAUCAUGAAGGCAAAGAAGUUCCUGGAAAUAAAGGCUACAAGUAUUUUGGAUCUUCCAAAGAUUUACCUGGCGUCAGAGAAUUAUUUGAACAAGAACCACCAGCUCAACAAAGACGAACCAGAACAGAAAUGAUGAAGAAUAUCGAUGCUGAUUACUAUGGCUAUCGUGAUAAUGAUGACGGAAUCUUAAUACCUUUAGAAAAGGCUUACAAUGAACAAUUAGAGGAAGAAGCUUUAGAAAAAAGGAAAGAAUCCAAAGAUAGUGAUGUUGCAAUGGAGAAGGAAGAAGAAGAUAUUUAUGCUGUCCCUGAUGAUCCAAUGAGUGAUGAAGAGGCUAUGCAAGAAGAAGAAGAAGAUACUGCUGAUGAUGCUAAUCAGUUUAGAUUCAUUGCUCAUGUACCGGUUCCUACUCAACAAGAGUUUGAAGAAGCAUUAUUGAAGAAGAAGAAAGAUGAGCUUAUGAAGAUGUAUGCUUCUCUUGAUAUAAUCAAAGAAGCAGAAGAAACUAAAUCUUUAAUAGGAAAAUAAUAAUUUAUAGAAAAUUUUAACAACCAGUUAUUCAUAUUUGUAAAUAGCAUUGUACAAUUCACUUAGUUGCAUUUGUAAAUAUAUAAUUUUGAAAGAAGAAAAAAUAAAUCUGAUACAUGUUUUA